GCCGAGGGAACAACCAUUGCGCUGAUCAGAGCUGAUCAGACAAAACUGAACUUCUGAAUUUUAUCUAAUGCAGUCGGCAUGAUGCAGGGAACGGAGACCAGGGAUUAUAUGAAUGAGCCACCAAGACGCAGGAAGAAGCGCAGUGGAGACAAGAAACAAACUGAGAAAAGACUCUGCCAUAUGAUUGUCCUCGGCUUUGCUUUGCUGUGCAUCGUACAAGCCACCCUCAAUAUUUCUUUACGCCUGACUCUGUACUCCAGCAAAGAAUCAAUCCACCCGGAUUGUAAUGCAACUCGUUUCAGUGGCAACGACCAGACGGAGGAAGCGCAAGGAAAUGGUGUUCAGCAGAAGUCUGAUCAGUGCAACAAAUUACAAGAACGCUUCAACAGCUUGACCAGAGAAAGAGACGAGCUGAAAGACAGAAACAAUCAACUCACCAACAGAAUAAGGGCAGUGGAGGAUGAGAGGGACAGGCUGAAACAGCUGUGUGGCACUUUGUCCUCUCAGCGAUGUCCUCCACGGUGGAGGGAGAUCCAAUCCAGGUGCUACUUUCUCUCCACUGAGUCGAAAACAUGGGAGGAGAGCAGAAAACACUGUCAGAGUGAAGAAGCCGACCUGGUGGUGAUUAGCAGCCAACAGGAGCAGGAAGCCAUCUAUCGCCUGGAUAAGGACCAGUAUCUCUUGUUCUGGAUUGGUCUAAAGGGCACCAAUGGGGUCUUCAGAUGGGUGGAUGGAUCUGAGCUGAGAGAAACAUUUUGGAAGGAAGGGCAGCCAGAUCAUGGUGGUCCUAACAACGUAGAGGACUGUGUAGAGAUGUAUCACCACAACCCUGUGCUCAACAACUGGAACGAUGCCCCCUGUGGACACAAGCGGCGCUGGUUGUGUGAGAAAAAUGCACACCCUAUUUCAUAGUGUCAGCUUAAGAAUAUGCAGUUACAUGUAUGUGUAAAAUACUUAAUGUACUUUUGCAUCCUGUAGAGCUCACAUCAAAAAAAAGAAGAAUACAAACUGAUUAUUGAGCAAGGAAGCAAUAAAUCUUGCAUGUGUGAACAAACUUUUAUCCGUGUUUGUUUACAGUAGGUUUGGAUAAUAUGAACUAGGGCACCUAAAAUAAACAUAUGUGUUAUUUUUUUUGAAGAUGAUGGUCAUAAAUUCAUUUUACUACCAGUGAUUGGUCCAUAAAUCGCCCAGAUUUGUUCACGGGAGUUAACAUUCAAUAACAAAGGCCUAUAAAGUGUUGAAGUUAUUCUGAAUUAGCUGAAAGAAAAGUUUUCUGUCCAGGAUGUUGCAUCGACUGAAUGAACCCUAAAACAGAGAUAUUUAUAACUACUCAAUGUUGCCCCAGCAUCAAUAGUAUUCUCUAUUCUAUCUCUGCUGAAACAACUAAAUAGACAGAUAAUAGAUAAGGUCACUCCUUUCCUCUUCAGAUUUAGAAAAGCCCAUCGAUGUUUUUCACUUUCUGUUUUGACUUUGCAGUUAACUCUGGCACCAGCAGGUUAAACAUCAUAUGCAGCUGAUACAAAAUGCUGCUGCCAGGCUUUUAACAGCCUCUGACUGAAACGAUCACAUUACAUUAAUAUCUGCUGUUAUCUAUUUUUAGAAUUGAUUUAGUAAAUUUAUUGCUUGAUUUAAAGCCUAUAAUGAUCCGGCUACUGCCUAUAUUGCAGAUAUAAAGGGUGAAGAGGUUUGCUCUGCAUAAUAGUGGUUGGAGAUGGUGUGUUUUCUAAACCAGAAACAUGUGAAAUGAGUGUAAAUAUUGCCAAAGUGUGUGAUAAAACUUAAUCCUAAAACUUGUUUAUUAUUGUGCUUGUGGUGAGGAUUUGGAAAGUGGAUGUGAAGGUACUGACACUCACAGGCCUCGCUGGUCUGAAUAUUUUUUGCAUGUGUGUCAAGAGGAGGAAAGAGGGUGGGAUUCUUUGUUAUAUCAUGUAAUUUGUGCACUUUGUAAUUAAGCCCAUUCUCUUUGGUCAAUAAAGGUAAUUUAGAACAUA